AUGAAAGAAGACCUCGGUGGAAAAGUAGCCGUGGAGGAGGCACACCACCACCGAGCUGAGGUUGAGCGUGAGCGCGAGCGCGGCGAGCACGGUGGACACGGGCAGCAGCACGGCCCAGACGUGCGCGGGGACCAGCGCCGAGGUGGAGGGGGGGGACUCCUGCACCGCCUUCUGCUGGGACUGCUGCUGGAAGAUCAGGAUCACCGACAGAACCGUCAUGACGGCGGACAGGACCCCCAGCAGGGACAGAACCACUAG